UCAAGAGUUUCAUCAGAGCGCUACACUAGCAAUGCGAGUGGCGCACGUGGACCGCUCUACUGGCGACUUAAAAAAAAUGUUAAAAGACUUUUGCUGGAUAUACAGUUUUUUUACACUUUCGUUACUCUCGAACAAGAAACUCUGUCGCAUUUUUAUUAAGAUAUCUCACAUUUUAAACGUUAAUUUAUAACGAGAAUGUUGGCGCUAUCAAAGUAAUUUUUUAAGUCACUCCACAUCAUUUGAGCUAAUUAUGGUAGACAAAGGUCCCCUUCUGACUUCGGCUAUCAUUUUCUAUCUGUCAAUUGGGGCAGCGAUUUUCCAAGUCAUCGAGGAACCUAACUGGGAGACCGCAGUAAAGAAUUAUAAAGCACAAAAGGAGGAAAUAUUGAGAAGAUAUCCAUGUCUUAAAAAUGCUGACCUGGACCACAUUCUAAAGGUGGUGUCUGAUGCUGCAGGACAAGGCAUCACCAUUACAGGAGACAAAACCUUCAACAACUGGAACUGGCCCAAUGCGGUCAUCUUUGCAGCAACAGUUAUUACAACUAUAGGUUAUGGAAAUAUUGCCCCCAAAACACCUUCAGGGAGGCUUUUCUGUAUCUUUUAUGGCCUUUUUGGAGUGCCGCUGUGUUUCACAUGGAUCAGUGAACUUGGAAAGUUUUUUGGUGGUAGAGCUAAACACCUUGGGCAGUAUCUUACUAAGAAAGGCGUAACAUUGCGAAAAACACAGUUCAUCUGCACAGCUGUCUUUCUGUUAUGGGGUGUGUUGGUGCAUUUAGUGAUUCCUCCAUUUAUAUUCAUGUCUCAAGAGGGCUGGACCUAUAUUGAGGGCUUGUAUUUUUCGUUUGUCACUUUGACAACUAUUGGAUUUGGUGAUCUUGUAGCAGGUGUUGACCCCAAUGCUGAGUACCCUACUCUGUAUCGGUACUUUGUGGAGGUAUGGAUUUAUCUUGGUCUAGCAUGGCUGUCUUUGUUUUUCAAUUGGAAAGUUCGCAUGGUUGUGGAGGCUCACAAAGCACUAAAAAAGCGCCGUAAAAGGCGCAAACUUUCGCUAGAUGAGUUACAGCGCAUCGCUGAAAGUCACAAGACCUUGCAUCUUCCACCAACUUCCAAUGAUGUCAACAUAUUUAGCUUCUUAUCCAAGAAAAAAGAAGAUUACAAUGACUUAAUCAAGCAGAUAGGUGUUGAGAAGGAAGGAGAAGAUCAGUGUGUCAGCUUCAUCACUGGAAGCAAGAAUAAAGCACCAAACCGCUCAAAGAGCUGCAGUGAUAAUUAUUCUACUAAUGGAAAUUCCAUUCUCAGUCUAGACCACUCACCUCGACAGAAGCGCCGCUAUAGCUUCAGUGAUAGACUUAAUGUAGCUUUCUCAAAAUCCAAGAGUUACCUUCUUAGUCAAGAGGAAUGUCUUCUCAUGAAUGAAAUGCAUGCGGAGAGAGAGACAGACACUGACCUAGACUGUAUAAGAAUACAUGAAAAUCAGUUGGACAAAGAGGCAGGAGAGAAACACAAAGGUCUAGAACAUGGAAGAUGCAGCAACGCCCGGAUCACAUGGGACUCCAGCAAAUACCAGACCUUUAUGUUUCCCAAUGCCAACAUUACUUUCACUGAUGAAGAGAAUUUGCUAAACAACAACCUAGAGAAUGAUCACAAUGACUUUAUGCCUAUAUUCUCAACAAAUGCUGAUGAGAUCGAUUUCAGUGAGCAACAGGGCUCGGAAUCUGAGACCUCUGUAUUCACCACAGAUGGGUCAGACCAUGGCAACUCCUAUGAACAGUUGGCAGAAGAGUAUUCCAAAGAGGACAACACUGACAUUUGAUUCUGUCUCCUUUCAUGUCAGUAAAGUUUUUUUCAUGAAAAACCUAAAAUGAUGGUGGAAACAAUAGAAAAAUAAGGUUUUACACAGUUCAUUUCCCACUUCUUUUAAAUGUGAUUUUACAUAACAUUUUGUUUAGCAAACGCAUGCUUUCCCAUCAUAUUGGUGGAUUGUUUUUUGGGGAGUUUUUUUUUGUUUUUUUUACAGACAAAAAAUGCCAAUUUGUCAAAGCUUAAUCCUUAUUGGAUUAAAAUAUAUAUUUUUAUUGUCUUCUUUGAGCCCAAGGUAUUUUAUUGGGUAACCAUGUUGACCUGUUAGAUUUUAGCUUUUAUUUUGAAUGUUAUGUCAUUACUUGACUUUUUAAUAUUUAGAUUUUUUGUCUCUUUUGAUGCAGGCAUUGUUUUUAUUUCACUAAAAUGUGUCGUUAACUCCAUAUCCAAAAAUGAUAUCACUAUUCAUGAUCUUCUGAACUGUCAAGAUGAUAAUCCACACUCAAAUUCAGGUUUUUCUCUUUGUCCCUGUCAGGUCAUGAAAAUGGUAGUUUAAUUGGCACAAGAUAACAGGAAAUUAUUACUGUGUUCAUUUUACUAAUGUAGUAAUGACUGUUUUGGUG